AUGGCUAAAGAAGCAGCAGCAUCAGCUGCCUCAUCUUCUUCUCCUCCUUGUUUCACCAAUCAAUGGAAAUACCAUGUAUUCUUGAGUUUUAGAGGCGAGGACACACGCUACAAUUUCACAGGCCAUUUGCGUGGAGCUUUGCGUCAAGAAGGAAUUGACACCUUCAUGGAUGAUUAUCUUUCAAGAGGAGAAGAAAUAUCAACAGCGUUCCUCAAAGCGAUUGAAGAGUCGAGGAUUUCUGUCAUUGUAUUCUCCGAAAACUAUGAUUCCUUAAGGUGGUGUUUGGACAAACUUGUUAAGAUCCUUGACUGGAAGAAAUCACACCAACAAAUGGUGGUACCGGUAUUUUACAAGGUGAGUCCCUCGGAUGUGCGAAAUCAAAACGGUUGUUUUGGUGAUGGACUUGCUUACCUUGAGUGCAAAUAUAAGGAUAACGUUGACAAGAUCCAAAAAUGGAGGGCAGCUCCUUCAGAAGUAGCACACUUGUCUGGGUGGACUGUCUUGGAUAAGUAUACAUUAUUACUUUUACACUUCCUUCUGCUUUCGCUUGUUUCAAUUUCUCUACUCUUUUGGUAUGUAUAG